CUUCUUUUAACAACAGAUGUUAUUACAACAACUCCUCCGCCUGCCUCCCUGCUCCUCUCAGCACGGCCCAUGGUGAAACCCAAGAAUCUGCUGCUGUAACUCUGCCUGCAGAGCCCGGCUGCUGCCCCGGCCGUGCGGUCCCCCCACCACCUCUCUCCCUGGGAUCACCGAUGCUGCCCACCUUGGGUGCCUGUGAGCAGCUUGUACUGUGAGCCACCCGUGGCAGAGGAGGUGUUGGUGAAAGGAGACGGAGGAGUUGCUGUGGUGAAGCAGUGAGCAUGGCCAGCGACUCCAGCGCGCUGCCCCGGGUGACUUUCCAGACGCCAGAGAAACCCGGUGAGGAAUCGUCGCACAGGAAACUGGGCAAGUUAACCAUCAAGUACAACCGCAAAGACCUACAGCGCUGGCUGGACCUGGAGGAAUGGAUCAACACCCAGCUGCAGGAGCUGUACCAGUGCCGGCUAAAAGAGGAAACUGAGGCAGCAGCUCCUGAACCACAAAUUGAUCUUGAAGAUCUCCUGGAAGUCCCUAAUGAAGAACAGAAGUUAAAACUACAGGAAAUCCUCCAUGAGUGCUCCAGCCCAACAGAGGACUUCAUUACGGAAUUGCUUAGUCGAUUGAAAGGUCUCCGGAGAGUCACCAAUCCUCAGAAGAAAUGACCUUGCCCACAUGAAACACCCAGCUUUGGUCACAAGGAAACGUGUCUCUUCCCCACGAAAACCGGGAUCAGAAUAUGUGUAGGACUUACUGUUAUUGAGAAACAUCACCAAGUUUGUGAACUUUGUACCAGUGGUUUGAAGUCUCCACUCCUUCCAGAUCUACGCACAGAGCAGGGAGAUAGAUUGUACGUUUUCCUGAUUCUUAAAGGGCAUGUUAACCUGGGGAUCAGCAUGUCCUUCCUUUAGUUUCUUCUAAGAAUUUCCAUGCUGGCUGAGGAGAGUUGAAUACAGUUCUCAGGAGCUCAUCAAGACUUCUUUCUUUCCAUCCACUGCAAGGAAAACAAGGCAUUGGUUAUCACUCAUCCAUCAACAUGGAAAAUCAGGUACUGUUAAGCCGCACUCUGUUUCAGUCUGGCUGGGACCCAGCUGCUAUCUCCUGCCUGUUACUUGCUGUACCUGACUCCAAGGCACUGCACAUACUUUGUAAGUCUUAUUAAGCCUCUGUUAUUCAUGAAGGUUGGACAGAAAAUAUGCAGUAGGAUGGAAGGAAAAUGUUUGAGUGUACCUGGUCUAGUAAGGGGAAGUUACUGAAACAGCUGCUAAGGCUAAUGAUAGACAGAUUGGUUCUCCUUUUUGUGGAAUUUAGGACUGAAUGAAUUAGAAGCGUCUUCUAAAGGAGCAAGGUCUGGGAAUCAUUUUUCUCCUAAUUUAAAAAGAUGGUGGAAUAAUGCUUAUUUUAUAUAUUAAAACAGAGAAAACCA